UAUUUACCUAAUUUGAGGCUAGAAUGUGUCAUUUUUAUUUAUUAAUUUAAAAGUUGGUUAGUGUAGUUAAGAAAAACACGUGUAUUAAAUAUCCGCGUUUUAAUAUUACGUGAGAAUAUUUCGUAAUUCAGAUUAAAUAUGAGUGAAAGCAUUAGUGAAAAUACUGAAGAAAAACAGAAUGAAGAAGAGAAUGAAGUUACGUGGAAAGAUCUGGGAAUAGUAGAAACAUUAUGUAAAGCAUGUGAAGAUUUAAAAUGGGAGAAACCAACUAAAAUUCAAAAAGAGGCAAUUCCUUUGACUCUUCAAGGUAAAGAUGUAAUAGGUCUAGCAGAAACAGGGUCUGGUAAAACAGCAGCUUUUGCACUUCCUAUAAUACAAGCAUUAUUAGAGAGUCCUCAAAGAUAUUUCGCUUUAAUUUUAACUCCUACCAGAGAAUUAGCAUUUCAAAUCUCAGAACAAUUUGAAGCGUUAGGUUCAAGCGUAGGUGUAAAAUGUGCUGUAAUUGUUGGUGGUAUGGACAUGAUGUCGCAGGCUCUUGUAUUAGCCAAAAAACCACACAUAAUUAUUGCUACACCUGGAAGAUUAGUUGAUCAUUUAGAAAAUACUAAAGGUUUCAAUUUACGUUCUUUAAAAUUCCUGGUAAUGGAUGAAGCAGAUCGUAUUUUAAAUAUGGACUUUGAAGUUGAGGUUGAUAAAAUUUUAAAAGUUAUUCCACGCGAAAGGAGAACUCUAUUAUUUUCAGCCACGAUGACAAAAAAAGUACAAAAGUUGCAACGAGCUUCUUUGCGCAAUCCGGUUAAGGUUGAAGUAUCCACAAAAUAUCAAACGGUUGAUAAGUUGCAACAAUAUUAUAUAUUUAUACCAGUCAAAUUCAAGGACGUAUAUUUAGUACAUAUCUUAAAUGAAUUAGCUGGUAAUAGUUUUAUGAUAUUUUGUGCAACUUGCAAUAAUACGGUAAGAACAGCAUUACUGUUACGUAAUUUAGGAUUUACGGCUAUUCCUUUGCACGGACAAAUGUCACAAAAUAAAAGGAUUGCGGCUCUUACAAAAUUUAAAGCUAAAAAUAGAUCUAUACUUAUCUCUACAGAUGUUGCUAGUAGAGGUCUUGAUAUUCCCCAUGUUGAUAUUGUAAUAAAUUUUGAUAUUCCUACUCACAGUAAGGAUUAUAUACACCGAGUUGGUCGUACUGCACGUGCAGGUCGUUCAGGACGUUCAAUUACAUUUGUAACGCAAUAUGAUGUUGAACUUUAUCAGAGAAUUGAACAAUUAAUUUCUAAACAGCUUCCUUUGUAUGAAACAGAAGAACAAGAAGUAAUGCUACUGCAAGAAAGAGUAGCAGAAGCUCACCGUAUUGUAAAAAUGGAAUUAAAAGAAAUAGAGGAUAAAAAGAAAUCUGGUAAGCGAAAAAAACAUGCAGAUGCAGAUGAGGAUGAUACAGAACAAUCAUUUGGAGUUAGAAAAAGAAUAAAAGGAAAGGGAAAAGGAAAAGGAAAACGAUUUUGAAAGUAUAAGGUAUUAUUGGGAUAAUCGUCGUAAAUUAUGUUCAAGCAACACUCACAUCUUAAUAAAUAAUGCAAACGCGAUACAACUUUUA